AUGGACCCUCCCAACAGCACUCCUCAGCCUCAAGACCCUCAAGUCACCGUUCCCAAAGACAACACUCCUCCUCCAGCAUAUACUCCAAGACGUAUUCCUCCUCAAGUCGCUUCAUUGGUGACACAACUUCUUGAAGCACGAAGUUCCAUCGCCAAUAUGUCUAAUCGUAUGCAACAAGCGGAGCGCCCAACAGUUGCCGGCAAUACACUGCUUUCCGACAAUGUCUCUGAUGAUCAGGACGAGACAUCCGAGGGAAGCUCACCAAUCAGUCUACGCAUCGACACAUCCGUCAAGGUGUCACGCAGUAACAACAUUGUAUGCUUGACAGCCACGCCUGCAGAGCAAGCCAAUGCUAUUGCCAGAGCGGUUGUACAGGCUCUGCAUGAGGGGAGCUCUGGACGCUGUGGCAUCCCAAUGAUUGAUGAAUCUGGAUGCCCACGACCUCUGAAGAUUGAUGUAGAUGCUGGUCUUGUCGUUGAAGGCACAGGCAAUGUCAUCGGAAGCCGAGAUGUCAUCGGCGAGCUCCUUCAAAAGCGCAGUAUCCCUUCAGUCCGAAGACCUCGCGAUGAUGAUGAGGACGAAGAUGAAGGCUUUAUGCCGGCAAAGAGACGCCGAUCAAGCCAGUAA